GGGAGAUAUAGAGAGAGAGAGGAGCACGGGAGGGGGCUACUCAACACGGCGAUGAGAACAUCGCUCAUAUUGCGCCUCUCUUACACCAUCGUAUAUUUAUCUCAGGCUUAUCGAUAAUUACCCUCAUUCAUCCUCCAUCUCGGUCAGUGUUUCAGCACUGCAGCAUCGGUGCAUGUACAUGUGAGCAGCAGGAGUGCCGCAGGACACCGCGCGCGAGACCCGCACCGUCACGCCACAGGACAUUCGUCUCUCUCCCACUCUCGAAUACAACCACAACAUGUGUCGGAGCCUCAGCCCUCUUAUCUGAGGCCGGAGCACAGGUCUCGACAACCGCAGUAUCCGGACUGCCAGAUACCGUUUCGUGGACAUCAUCACGCACUGAGCCAGAAUGUCAAAAAGCUCGGCAGAAAGUCAGAGCAGGGGCGGCUCCGUCCGAGACGUGAGGAUGGCCUCUUCCAACAAUACCUCACCCGAAGGAGGCUCUCCACCCCACCAGAACCGCAUCCGCCAGUCGGACAGUAACACCAGCUUUCUGAGAGCAGCCAGAGCAGGUAAUGUUGAAAAGGUUCUGGAUUUCCUCAAGAGCGGACAGGAUAUUUCUACAUGCAACCAGAAUGGGCUCAAUGCACUCCAUCUAGCAGCCAAAGAGGGUCAUGUGGGGCUGGUGGAGGAACUUCUGGAGAGGGGUGCGACCGUGGACUCUUCAACCAAGAAAGGGAACACUGCAUUACAUAUUGCUUGUCUGGCUGGGCAGAAAGAAGUUGCAAAGUUGUUGGUGAAAAGAGGAGCAGAUGUAAACUCCCAAUCACAGAAUGGCUUCACUCCACUUUAUAUGGCUGCUCAAGAGAAUCACUUGGAUGUUGUGCGAUAUCUUCUGGAGAACGGUGGAAACCAGAGCACGGCUACAGAGGAUGGCUUCACUCCUCUGGCCAUUGCUCUGCAGCAGGGUCAUAAUCAGGUGGUCUCUCUGCUCCUGGAACAUGACACGAAAGGUAAAGUCCGCCUGCCUGCACUCCACAUCGCUGCCCGCAAGGAUGACACCAAGUCUGCUGCUUUGCUGCUCCAGAACGACCAUAAUGCUGAUGUCCAGUCCAAGAUGAUGGUCAACAGGACUACAGAGAGUGGCUUCACUCCUCUGCAUAUUGCUGCUCACUACGGUAAUGUAAAUGUGGCCACGCUGCUGCUCAACAGAGGGGCUGCUGUAGACUUCACAGCCAGGAAUGGUAUUACCCCUCUUCAUGUGGCCUCCAAACGAGGGAAUACCAACAUGAUUGCUCUGCUGCUAGAUAGGGGGUCUCAGAUUGAUGCCAAGACAAGGGAUGGGCUGACACCACUGCACUGUGCAGCCAGAAGUGGACAUGACCCUGCAGUGGAAAUACUGCUUGAAAAAGGAGCUCCCAUACUGGCACGGACCAAGAACGGACUGUCCCCGCUGCACAUGUCUGCUCAGGGUGAUCACGUUGAGUGUGUGAAACACCUGUUGCAACACAAGGCACCGGUUGAUGAUGUAACACUGGACUACCUGACUGCCCUUCAUGUUGCCGCCCACUGUGGUCACUACAGAGUCACAAAAUUACUGCUGGAUAAGAAAGCGAAUCCUAAUGCCAGAGCACUGAAUGGCUUCACUCCUCUGCAUAUUGCCUGCAAGAAGAACAGAGUGAAAGUCAUGGAGCUGCUGGUUAAAUAUGGCGCCUCAAUCCAGGCCAUCACUGAGUCCGGCCUGACCCCAAUCCAUGUUGCAGCAUUUAUGGGGCACCUCAAUAUCGUUCUCUUGCUCCUACAGAAUGGAGCCUCUCCUGAUGUCUGUAAUAUUCGUGGCGAGACGGCAUUGCACAUGGCUGCAAGGGCAGGACAGAUGGAGGUGGUGCGAUGUUUGCUAAGGAACGGCGCUCUGGUGGAUGCCAUGGCCAGAGAGGAUCAGACACCCCUUCACAUUGCAUCUCGUCUGGGUCAGAUAGAGAUCGUGCAGUUGUUACUGCAGCACAUGGCUCACCCUGAUGCUUCCACCACUAAUGGAUACACACCUCUUCACAUCUCCGCUCGUGAAGGGCAGGUGGACACGGCUGCAGUGCUGCUGGAGGCCGGAGCAUCUCACUCGCUCUCCACGAAGAAAGGCUUUACUCCUCUACAUGUUGCUGCUAAGUAUGGAAGCCUGGACGUGGCAAAACUCCUCCUACAGCGAAGAGCACUUCUUGAUGACACAGGAAAGUACGGUCUGACACCUCUGCAUGUAGCUGCUCACUAUGAUAACCAGCAGGUGGCGAUGAUGCUCUUGGAUAAAGGGGCCUCACCUCACGCUACUGCUAAGAAUGGCUAUACACCCCUCCACAUUGCGUCGAAGAAGAACCAGACUCAGAUUGCCUCUGCGUUGCUUCAGUAUGGAGCAGAGACAAAUGCAUUGACCAAGCAGGGUGUGAGCCCUUUACACCUGGCGUCUCAGGAGGGGCACACAGAGAUGGCCUCCCUACUGCUGGAGAGGGGUGCACACGUCAAUGCUGGCACUAAGAGUGGUCUUACACCUCUUCACCUCACUGCUCAGGAGGACAGAGUGCAUGUAGCUGAAAUACUCGUCAAGCACGAUGCAAACAUAGACCAGCAGACCAAAUUGGGCUACACUCCUCUUAUUGUUGCCUGUCACUAUGGAAAUGUAAAAAUGGUUAAUUUCCUUUUGCAAAAUGGCGCUAAUGUCAAUGCAAAAACUAAGAAUGGCUACACGCCACUUCACCAAGCUGCUCAGCAGGGAAAUACACACAUUAUCAAUGUCCUGUUGCAGCAUGGGGCCAAGCCUAAUGCCGUCACCAUGAACGGAAACACAGCACUCUCUAUUGCUAAACGUCUGGGGUACAUCUCAGUGGUGGACACUCUGAAAGUUGUUACUGAGGAAAUAGUCACAACAACAACCACUGUGACAGAGAAACACAAACUGAACGUUCCAGAGACAAUGACAGAAGUUUUGGAUGUGUCUGAUGAGGAGGCCCAGCAUCAGAUGGAGGAGGAGCUUUUUACUGAAGUCUCUAUGGAGAUCAAAGGUGAGGACACAAUGACAGGUGAUGGAGGGGAGUACCUGAGAGCAGAGGACCUCAGAGAACUUGGGGAUGACUCUCUACCUGGACACUACCUGGACGGCAUUAGCUACACCCACAACCUAGACCGGUCCCACGAGACCCCCAGUCAUCUUGCUUACAGGGGUGAAGGAAUCUUGAUUGAAGAAAUGAUCUCCAGCCACCAGCUUACUAAGGUGUCAGCGUUCUCUCGAGAGCAUGAGAAGGACUCGUAUCGACUGAGCUGGGGUGCUGAACAUUUGGAUAAUGUGGUGCUAACCAGCACUCUUCUGCAGUCAGGCCGAUCUACCCCAUGCCUUGACCAUGACAACAGCAGCUUCCUGGUCAGUUUCAUGGUGGAUGCUCGUGGUGGAGCCAUGCGUGGCUGUCGGCACAAUGGCCUGCGCAUUAUUGUGCCACCUAGAAAGUGCUCAGCCCCUACACGGGUCACAUGUCGUCUGGUGAAAAGGCACAGACUGGCCUCUAUGCCCCCUAUGGUGGAGGGAGAAGGGCUCGCUGGCAAGAUCAUUGAAGUUGGACCCACUGGAGCACAGUUUCUUGGUAAACUCCACCUCCCAACAGCCCCUCCUCCUCUUAAUGAGGGUGAAAGUCUUGUCAGCAGAAUUCUGCAGCUGGGUCCACCCGGCACCAAAUUCCUCGGGCCUGUAAUAGUGGAGAUCCCCCACUUUGCUGCAUUGCGUGGGACAGAGAGGGAGUUAGUGAUUCUGCGCAGUGAGACAGGAGAGAGCUGGAGAGAACAUCACUGUGAGCAUACAGAAGAGGAGCUGAAUCAGAUACUCAAUGGCAUGGAUGAAGAACUGGACAGUCCUGAGGAGCUGGAGAAAAGGCGAAUAUGCCGCAUCAUCACUCGGGAUUUCCCACAGUACUUUGCUGUGGUGUCCCGCAUUAAGCAGGACAGUCACCUGAUUGGUCCAGAGGGCGGGGUGCUAAGCAGCACACUUGUUCCACAAGUCCAGGCUGUGUUCCCAGAGGGAGCACUGACUAAACGGAUACGCGUGGGACUACAGGCCCAGCCCAUCAGUGAGGAUAUGGUGAGGAAGAUCCUGGGUAAUAAGGCUACAUUCAGCCCAAUUGUUACGUUGGAACCCAGAAGACGCAAGUUUCACAAGCCCAUCACCAUGACUAUUCCUGUCCCUAAAAGCCCAACCAGUGACGGGACCAACAGUACACCCACUCUCCGACUGCUAUGUAGCAUUACUGGAGGGACAACUCCAGCACAGUGGGAGGACAUUACUGGAUCCACACCUCUGACAUUCAUCAACCAGUGUGUUUCAUUUACCACCAAUGUAUCAGCAAGGUUCUGGCUCAUAGAUUGCCGUCAGAUCCAGGAGUCUGUGAACUUCUCCAGUCAGCUGUAUCGUGAGAUCAUCUGUGUUCCGUAUAUGGCCAAGUUUGUCAUCUUCGCCAAGACUUUAGACCCCAUCGAAGCACGACUCCGCUGCUUCUGUAUGACAGAUGAUAAGAUGGACAAAACACUGGAGCAGCAGGAGAACUUCACAGAGGUGGCUCGUAGUCGAGAUGUUGAGGUACUAGAGGGAAAGCCAAUCUUUGCUGACUGCUUUGGAAAUCUGGUCCCGCUGACCAAAAGUGGACAACACCAUGUGUUCAGUUUCUAUGCCUUUAAGGAAAACCGUCUUUCUCUAUUUAUCAAAAUUCGUGACAGCACUCAAGAACCAUGUGGCAGACUGUCUUUUACAAAAGAGCCAAGAACAUAUCGCAGUCUAAACCACAAUGCAAUAUGCAACCUGAACAUCUGCUUACCUGUCUACUCAAAGGAUUCUGAUUCUGACCAAGAUGCAGAUGAGGAGAGUGAGAAGACACAUGAGAAAUAUUAUGAUGGAUCUGAGUCAACAGAGCUUUCCAUAAUGCAAAUCAUGCAUGAUCCUGCCACACUCGCAAGUCCAGAUCUGCUUUCAGAGGUGUCCGAUAUGAAGAAGGACCUGAUUAAAGUGUCAGUCCUUCUGACCUCUGAAAAAUCAUGCUCCUUGGAUGCCAGAGAGCGAUCAGACAAGACUGAGGAUGACGAAGAGGAUGAGCCAUUUGAAAUAGUUGAAAAAGUGAAAGAGGACUUAGAAAAGGUAGAAGAGAUCCUCCGUGUGGAAACAAUGGAUGAAACAAAGAGAGAAGGUGAUAUUGGGAUAUCUGUAACCAUUGAUGAUGAGGAGUGGGUACUUCUCAGUGAGACAGAUGUUGAGGAAUCCAAAAGCAAAAACAUCACUGAAGUCCAAGAGACACUCAUUCAGGAAGUUCGAAUCACAAGAGACACUAAAUCAAGUUCUUCUCCUAAGAAGGAUAUGUCAGGUAUGGUUUCGUAUCUCAGCAGUGACUUAGAACAGUGCCUGCAGGAACCUGUACCAUUUAGUCAUUCACAAGAUGUAGAUAUUGUUCAAGAAAGCUUUAAAGAGGUAUUUGUUGCCCGUGGUAAACACCGUCCAGCAGAAAUCAAAAAGCCAGCAAGGAAAAAGCGUAAAGAGAGGGAGUUUGCAAGUGGCAGUUCUGAAGAUGACCUGGAACGAAUGAGUAGGAGUCAGUCUGAGGAGUCUCUUGAAGAAGAUGCAGUUAUUGGUGGAUCUGAACCUGACUUUGGAUCUGUUCCUGUGUCUCCUAGAGUUGUAGAAACUCCAAUUGGAUCCAUUAAAGACAGGGUUAAGGCACUGCAGAUGAAGGUUGAAGAAGAAAAGGAGGUGGACAGUCCAAAGUGGAAAUCCCAAAAAGUGAAUAUUUCCCAGAGUAAGUCAUAUGUCACAGAGACAGAAAAAUCAACCAAGCUUCCUCCAAAAUCCCCCAGAUCUCCAAAGUCACAGACAGAAAGACUGGAGGAAACCAUGUCUGUAAGAGAGCUGAUGAAGGCAUUUCAGACUGGCCAAGAUCCAUCAAAAAGCAAGUCUGGACUUUUUGAACAUAAAGCAAUUACAGCUGUAACCUCUGAGACAGCAACUUCUGAUGUCAUGCAGGUUGUCCCAACAUAUGAUAACCAAAUGACAGUAACAACUCAACAUGUACAAGAAAGUGCAAUUACGACUGUGACCUCUGAAGCGGCAAGUCCUAUUGUAACACAGAUUCCUCCGACAUGUGACAGCCAAUUGACAGUAACAACCCAACAUUUACAAGAAAGAGCAAUUACAACUGUGACCUCUGAAGCGGCAAGUCCUAUUGUAACGCAGAUUCCUCCGACACUUGACAGCCAAUUGACAGGAACAACCCAAGAUUUACAAGAAAGAGAAAUUACGACUGUAACCUCUGAAGCGGCAACUUCUGAUGUGAUUCAGGUUCUCCCAACAUAUGAUAACCAAAUGACAGUAACAAGUCAACAUUCACAAGAAAGAGCAAUUACAACUGUGACCUCUGAAGCGGCAAGUCCUAUUGUAACGCAGAUUCCUCCGACACUUGACAGCCAAUUGACAGGAACAACCCAAGAUUUACAAGAAAGAGAAAUUACGACUGUAACCUCUGAAGCGGCAACUUCUGAUGUGAUUCAGGUUCUCCCAACAUAUGAUAACCAAAUGACAGUAACAAGUCAACAUUCACAAGAAAGUGCAAUUACGACUGUGACCUCUGAAGCGGCAAGUCCUAUUGUAAUGCAGAUUCCUCCGACAUGUGACAGCCAAUUGACAGUAACGACCCAAGAUUUACAAGAAAGAGCAAUUACAACUGUGACCUCUGAAGCAGCGUCUUCUGAUGUGAUGCAGGUUCUCCCAACAUAUGACAACCAAAUGACAGUAACAACUCAACAUUUACAAGAAAGUGCAAUUACGACUGUGACCUUCGAAGCGGCAAGUCCUAUUGUAACGCAGAUUCCUCCGACACUUGACAGCCAAUUGACAGGAACAACCCAAGAUUUACAAGAAAGAGAAAUUACGACUGUAACCUCUGAAGCGGCAACUUCUGAUGUGAUGCAGGUUCUCCCAACAUAUGAUAACCAAAUGACAGUAACAAGUCAACAUUUACAAGAAAGUGCAAUUACGACUGUGACCUCUGAAGCAGCAAGUCCUAUUGUAAUGCAGAUUCCUCCGACAUGUGACAGCCAAUUGACAGUAACGACCCAAGAUUUACAAGAAAGAGCAAUUACAACUGUGACCUCUGAAGCAGCAUCUUCUGAUGUGAUGCAGGUUCUCCCAACAUAUGACAACCAAAUGACAGUAACAACUCAACAUUUACAAGAAAGUGCAAUUACGACUGUGACCUUUGAAGCGGCAAGUCCUAUUGUAACGCAGAUUCCUCCGACACUUGACAGCCAAUUGACAGUAACCACCCAAGAUUUACAAGAAAGAGAAAUUACGACUGUAACCUCUGAAGCGGCAACUUCUGAUGUGAUGCAGAUUCUCCCAACAUAUGAUAACCAAAUGACAGUAACAAGUCAACAUUUACAAGAAAGUGCAAUUACGACUGUGACCUCUGAAGCAGCAAGUCCUAUUGUAAUGCAGAUUCCUCCGACACUUGACAGCCAAUUGACAGUAACGACCCAAGAUUUACAAGAAAGAUCAAUUACAACUGUGACCUCUGAAGCAGCAUCUUCUGAUGUGAUGCAGGUUCUCCCAACAUAUGAUAACCAAAUGACAGUAACAACUCAACAUUUACAAGAAAGUGCAAUUACGACUGUGACCUCUGAAGCGGCAAGUCCUAUUGUAACGCAGAUUCCUCUGACACUUGACAGCCAAUUGACAGUAACAACCCAAGAUUUACAAGAAAGAGAAAUUACGACUGUAACCUCUGAAGCGGCAACUUCUGAUGUGAUUCAGGUUCUCCCAACAUAUGAUGACCAAAUGACAGUAACAACUCAACAUUUACAAGAAAGUGCAAUUAUGACUGUGACCUCUGAAGCGGCAAGUCCUAUUGUAACGCAGAUUCCUUUGACACUUGACAGCCAAUUGACAGUAACAACCCAAGAUUUACAAGAAAGAGAAAUUACGACUGUAACCUCUGAAGCUGCAGCUUCUGAUGUGAUGCCGGUUCUCCCAACAUAUGAUAACCAAAUGACAGUAACAACUCAACAUUUACAAGAAAGUGCAAUUAUGACUGUGACCUCUGAAGCGGCAAGUCCUAUUGUAACGCAGAUUCCUCCGACACUUGACAGCCAAUUGACAGUAACAACCCAAGAUUUACAAGAAAGAGAAAUUACGACUGUAACCUCUGAAGCGGCAAGUUCUGAUAUUUUGCCGGAUCCUCCAACAUAUGAUAACCAAAUGACAGUAUCAACCCAGCAUUUACAAGAAAAAAAUGUUGUAGAAAACAAGAUCAUUCAAGAAUCAUGUUUUGACCCAAACACAAUUCAACAUAAACCAAUGAUCGAUGAUGGUGAAACACUACAUGAAAAACCAUUGACAACCUUAAACAGUACUUUGUCCACACAAAAUAAAGAAGGUGAUCCAGCUGUAUCUUCCAACAUUAUCUUUAACUUUGAAGAGGAAAGCUCUCCAGAAGACCAGAUCUCUAAGCUUAUAACAAUUGACCAAAAUGGAAAACCAUCUCAGGAACAAGGCAAAUUUGAGACUGAGGAAAAACAAAUUUCUGAGCUAUUAGGAAAUGAAGACCCAGGGCUGCUACCCGAGAAAAUGUUUUAUGAAAAUAACAUCUGCCAGAACAGGAAAUUUUCUCUGGAAGCUCAGAUCAGCCCAGACAGGAAACCAUCAGAGGACUUCAGUGCAGAUAUUAAGGCAGAACUUGAGGAUAGCCCUGAAUAUCUACUCUUUAGGCGGAGAUCAGCUGAAGCAAGUAAACGCUAUUUAAUGAGCAUUGAUGGCCUUUCUUUAGACAAUGAGGAGCAGAUACACCAGGUAGCUGUGGAUCCAAGUAAAUCAAAUAUAAUCACUGAAUUUGCUACUGCAAUGGUGCAAGGUGAGCCUUUACUUAAAAGUGAAAUACAUAGAGCGUCUGAAGAAAGUCCUGAUAGUGACAAACAUGAGGCCUUGGUAGACUCUCCUGGCAAUAGUAUAGGGACUAGGACUCCUCGCUCCAGCACAGGUGACAGUGAGAAGCAUGAGGGACUUGCUGAAACCCCUCAAAGUAGUCCUGAAAUCCUUGUUUUGUCUUCCAGUACAACUACUGAGGAAACAGAAGUCAGAUGUCAAGAGGCUAAGGAGACACCUUACCAGUCAAUUUUGGUGACAUCACAUGAAAGAGCAGAGAGUGACGAGAGUGCCCAAUUAUGUUCAGUAACCGCCAUAAAAAGCAAGACUGAAUCACCAUCAUCUUAUAAUUCUAAGAUUGAAUCACCUUCCCUAUUCACCAAAAUUGAUUCGUCAUCCAAUGAUGACUUUGAAAUGGACUCACUUUCUCCAUCCACCAAAACUGAGUCACCAUCCUCUGCUAAUUCAAAGGCAAUAAUUCAAGACACAAUUAACAUUAUGAGAUGGGACAGUGAAACAUCUGCACAUGAUAUGAAAAGUGAUUCAUCUUGUAGAGAAACUAUGAAGCCAACAGAAUUUAAUGUAAUCACUGAGUCUAAGAUACCUCAACAUUGCAUUCACAGCCAAGAUGCACUAGAUAGACCUUCUAGUUUGGAUUCUCUGCAGCCUGCAACCAUAAGUGACUCUAAAACUCUCUGUAGAACAGACUCGCUUGAGACCACUCCCAUCAGAGAAGAUAGGUCAUCUCAAAAAACGCCAGACUCUAUCGAGCCAAGCCCAGACAAGGAGUCCCCAUGUCAAGACUCUUUAGAGGGAAGUCCCACUGGGCAGGAAUAUGGACAAUUAAGUUAUAUUGAAAGGGUCUUCUCAACAAGUCAGGCUUUCGUUUCUGAUUACAGGGAAAAUGUAGAAAAAGAAAUCAUUUCUGAACAAGAAAGUGAGUCAUCCCAAGGGUCCCAUGAGAUCCCAGAUAUGCAGUUCUUUUCCAUGACAAUGGAGCAAAAAGAAGCAGUACUUGAUAGUGAGGAGUUUGACGCUUUACAAAGGCAGUUCACUCCAGAAGAAGAGAUGUUUAAGAUGGCUGCAAAGAUCAAAACAUUUGAUGAAAUGGAAAAGGAUGCAAAAGUUAAAAAGGUAAAAUUUGAUUUUGAUUGUGAUUCUAAACAACUAAAAGAAGAAGUGCUGUCACCACAUAAAAGUCCACUAGACUUUAACACAAUGUCAACAAAAGAAUCAGAAGAGCAGUACUUGGAGAAUCUGACUGAAUCUGGCCCAGUAUUACCUUUACAAUCUUCAUUGUCUGAUGAUGAUUAUGACAGGCCUGAGUUGGAUGAGUCACCUCUCAAGGUCUCAGGAGUAACCAGUGAGGUUUUAGAAACCAUGGACAAAGGUGAGCAGGACUAUACCCACUUGAAGACUGUGGAUUUACAGACAUGCACAGACAUACCAUCUUUGCAAACACAUGUAAACAAGGAGGAAGACUAUGAACAGUUCCCUUCAGAGUACCAUAGUAUAGUGAUCGGUGAAACUACACCUGAGGAGGAUCUCAUUAUUACAUCAGCAGAGAGCAAAACAGGCAUUGAGAUGGAUGGUGAUGUUGAUUCUAAGUCUCCUGGUGAGAGCCCAACUUCUGAAAAAGUGCUAGAACUAGUUUCUCCUAUUGAUAUUGUAGGUACUAUUACUGCAGCAAAGGAAGUGCAGAAUAAAUCCCAGACAGAUUUUUGUAUUUAUGAAGAGGACAAUGAAGGAAAGCCAGGAGAAAUUUCAGCAUCUAUUCCAAGAGACUUGGUUCCCUGGAGUGCUGAAGUGGAAGAUGACGAGGCAUUUGAUGCACAAAUUGAGGCCGAGGAGCAGAAAAUACUGGCUUUGUGUACAGACAGACGAUCCCAUGGAACGACACCUGACACAACUCCAGGACGCACCCCUACUGAAGAGGGGACACCAAAUCCUUUCCUCUUCCAAGAGGGAAAGCUAUUUGAGAUGACCAGAGGUGGAGCCAUUGACAUGACAAAAAGGACAAUUGAGGAAGAGGAAGAAAGAUUAGUCUUUUUCCCGAUAAAUGAAGAUCCAAGUGAAGAAGUUGAAGUCAGUUACAAUGCUAGUGAGUCUGUUGCAGUAGCUUCAUUUGAGAUGACUGCAGAUGGUUUAGUUCAUCAAGAUAGGUAUACUGAUGAACCUGAUGCAAAGUCUGAUGGCUUUAGUAAAACUGAAACCAAGAUUGUUAAUCCAGAACAUCCAGAACCGAUUGAAUUCCCUAUACAGUGUGAACCAAAGAGCCCCACAGAGGAUAAUGGAAUCCAUGAAGACACACUGAUACCGAAUGUUGACACUGCCACUUAUACAGUAACACGAACAGUUUAUUCUGAGCAAGACCUGGAAUCCUCAGACUCCUCAGUAGAAGAUGAACAGCAUUCUGUUGUUGAAAUGCCCAUAUCCACCCAAGUAUCAACGAUUUCCCCUAGUGCCUCAGCUCAUAGUGUUAGUCAAGAGCAAUUCCAGACAUCACCUUCAAUAUUCAUUCCAUUCAAAGGCAUUGCUGCUGAAAUUGAAGACACAACAUCUAAGCCAAAAACUGCUGUGAAAGCAGCCAGCUUUGACCAAAUUUUAAGACAAGGGGACUCCAUUGAGCAGAAUCAAAGGCCUAAAUCUGAGGCAGAUAUUGGUGUCUCAGAAUGGUCCAUGUCUGUUGUGGAUGAUCACACUAAUAUUGAAAGCAACUACACCAAACCAAAGACUUCAUCCUCCCAGAUGCCUGUUUCACCAACACAGGCUCCUCCACAGUAUUCUGCAUCCAGUCAACCUGAACUUCCUGCCAAAAUCUUUCAGGAAUUAGACCCUUCAAGGAACACAGAGUGCAAUGAAACCAAAGGAGACAGAGCAUCUGUUGAGUUAGGGAUAGAAAGUAGUUUGAAAGCAAUUCGACCCCCGUCCGUAGGCGAUGAUGUCUUUGAGUCAAGGACCUACUGGGAGGAUUGUGUGGAGACACAGAUGCAGAGAAUCUCAGACAGCACUACCCCAGACCAAAGUAAAGUGGACUGGCAUGAUGAUGCAGAUAGGAAAGAAGAGACUUUGGCCAUCAUUGCUGACCUUCUAGGUUUUAGCUGGACAGAACUGGCCAAGGAGUUGGAGUUCAAUGAAGAUGAGAUUCAGCAAGUGCGUGCUGAAAACCCAAAUUCACUACAAGAGCAGAGUCAUGCUCUUUUGCAGCGCUGGGUAGAGAGAGAAGGAAAGCAUGCAACUGAAGAUACAUUGAUUAAAAGACUCACUAAAAUAAAUCGCAUGGACAUUGUCCAUCUUAUUGAGAUUCAAAUGCACAAGUCAAUCCAGGAGCAAACCUCAAGAACAUAUGCAGAGAUUGAAAGGACCUUAGACCACAGUGAAGCUCUCUCCUCGGUCCAAGAGGAUGUUGACAGUCUUCGGGUGGUGCGGAGAGUGGAGACUUCACAAAGGCAUCCUCCAGCUGUGUCAGAAGAAGACUUAUCUGUGGCCUCUCUCCUUGACAUUCCCUCAUGGGCUGAAACAAUGGGAAACACUCAUUCAGAAAGCAUUCAUGGGGAUCUGAUGGAGGAACUGGAGAUCAAUCAGGAAAGCUUCACCAAUCCAUGGCUGUUUCAAGAGGUCAGGAAAGAAUCUACAAAGGAAGCUGUAGAUGAAGAAGGUGAUGUUCCAGAUAUUCCUCCACAGUCUGUAACAGAAGAGCAAUGGACAGAUGCACAGGGAAACUUGGUUGUGAAGAAGGUGACCAGGAAGGUCAUUCGACGGUGUGUGUCAUCUGAUGGGGUGGAGACAGAGCAGGUGAGGGUGGAAGGCUCUGCUCAGCAGCCUGUCAAGGCAGCACCAGGGGAUGGAUAUUCGAAAGUAAUGAAGAGGACAGUAUUGAAGAGCGAAGGACAUGAGACAGAGGUGACUUUCCAUGAGCAAGAUGGCAUGUCAGCUUCAAAGGGGGAGUCUGCUGUUGGUCAGGAUGUCAGACAGGUGGUCCAAACAACGGUGGUACAUGGAGAACAGCUGGAAAAGCAUGAAGGGAAUACUUUCCUCGCCACAGACCUGCCCUCUGCCCGGGAUGACUUCACCCAGGACGAGGAUGCAGAAGUCUAGGACCCACAGGAGAUCAGUAGUGAGGGAUGCUGGGGGACAGAAGCGGGUGUGCGUGGAGCAGAUAGACGAUCGAUCUGAGCCCCAUGACAACCUACAGCAUCACCUCCAUCACCUCAUUCACCACUACUGUGCCCAAAAUGACUGAGAGAGAGGAAGCUGAAGAGUGAUGGUUUCCCCCUUCAUUUUCCUCUCCCAAUCUCCAUUGCUCCUCUCUUUGAGCCUGUCCGCCCUCCUAACCACUCCUAUGCACCAUGCUCAUGCAAUCCCAGAGUGCACUUCACUCCUGCCACUUCCAGUCUUCCUGUCCAGUCAAACUGGAUGUUUGCCCAGUUUAAGUCAAUGGACUAUAUUUUCUCGCUCCUUAUUUUCCCCAGUUCACCAUGAGUGUUUAUCUGUCUUUCAUUGUGACCAAAGGGUGUUCUUUCCUUUCCUUUCCUUUCCUUUGCUUUUUAAAUCCCUCAAUUAUGAAAUAAUGAAUACAAAUACACUCACACACAAAAGAAAAAAGAAGAAAAAAAUCACAAUAACCAAAAUGUUUUUAUCAAAACAGAAAAAGAAAAAAAGUCCUGGUCGUUCAUUCUCAGAACAUUUAAGCUCGAACUAACAGAACCUGUGCUGCACUGCCUACCACGACUAUUGAAUAUCAUUGCAUUAUAUCGCCACAUCAUGACAUGCUCUUUUGAUCUCAACAGUUGAGAUGUCUGAAAACUUCUUGCCUUCUUUAUCAGCUGUUGGGGUAUUGUGUGUCUGUGUAUUCUGUCCAUGGAGAGUAUAUAUAAUAUGCAUUUUUAAAAUGACAGUAGAUCACAUUAGCCACCUGUAAGGAUAUUAGCAGGCAUGCUUAGCUAGCAGCAGACACUUACUGUAUUAAUAACACUCUUUCUAUGGUUAGAUGACUGUCAUUUUUCUGUCUCACCCCUCUCUUUGUGUCUGUGAUCUGUAGCAAUUCUAGUCUUCUUCAUCAUCAUCAUCAUCAUCACUGGAGUUUAAACAUUUCAUUACAGCUUUUUGUUAUAAUAGAUCACAUUAACACGCUUUACAGUUUUAAACUUACGUUGGCAAGCGUUUCAAGAGGGACUCAGGAAGCAAAGGUGGAAUCAAUUUCAAAUGAUCAGUUAAAUGUUACGCAUAUGAUUCUAUUUUUAAACUUUCAAUCUGAAUUUAUUCUUUUCUUUGAGUAUGUGUGGUCGAGUGUGUGUGUGUGAAAAUAGAAAUGUGAUUUUAUUUUCAAAGUAUAUUAAUUUUGUUCUGUACAUAAUGCUCAAUAUCAGUAUGUGUUGAGGAAUCUUGCUCUGAGGUAUUUAUGAUUGGUAAAAUAUGCUAUUGGUUUUGGAAGUGAGCAUAAUGGAUGUAGGAUUUUUAAAAGAAUGUUUUAUUUUGAUGUAUUACGUUUAUAUACUUUAUGUGCGUCUUCAAACAGAUGCAUCCGAGUGGAUAUUCCCUUUCUGAUUCACCAAAUCACAGGUUGGCUUCAGUUGAGACUGCUGGGAAGAAGAGUGUACCACGAGAUAUUCUAAUUACUUUGCCUUUUUAACUGCAGAUUAAUACAGCUGUGUUAGCAGAGGUUGUUUUUUAAAGCUGAUCUGAGGCCAGCUCUGCUUUGUUGCUCUUAUAAUAAUUUGGGUUUGGGAAACUGGCCCUGGAACAGCAUUAAAAGCCAUCCUCUUAUCAAAGCAGUCAUUAAGUUGAACACUGCUACUACUUUCACUGUGACUGGCCCACGUUUGAUUUACUGAAUCCGCAUUCUAUGUCUGUGGAGAUAAAAAUAUGCAUAUAUAUGGUACAUAAAUAUCUAUCCUAAAAAGGCAUGUAUUAGUUUACUAUAUGACUUUUAAAAAAGACAUUUAAACACUAUACCAUGGCUGCAGUGUGUGUAUAUGGCUGAAAGAGAAUAAAAGUGUAUAAGUGUCAA